AAAGCUUCCGGCCGCCGGCUUGGAAAAGAGUUAUGGCUAAACAUCAUCCAGAUUUGAUUUUCUGCCGCAAGCAGGCAGGUGUGGCUAUCGGAAGACUGUGUGAAAAAUGUGAUGGCAAAUGUGUGAUCUGUGAUUCCUAUGUGCGUCCCUGCACCCUGGUUCGCAUCUGUGAUGAGUGUAACUAUGGAUCUUACCAGGGCCGCUGUGUGAUCUGUGGAGGUCCCGGAGUCUCUGAUGCCUACUAUUGUAAAGAGUGCACCAUUCAGGAGAAGGAUAGAGACGGUUGCCCAAAGAUUGUCAAUUUGGGGAGCUCUAAGACAGACUUAUUCUAUGAACGCAAAAAAUACGGCUUCAAGAAGAGGUGAUGGGUGGGUGGCUCCUUUCCUCCCCCAUCAAGCUGCUGCUGCUGCUGCCAGAAAAGACGCCUACUACCACCAGCAGAAAGGGAACGGGGGAGCUGAGUGUCACCAGAGCAGCCUGCUAGUGCUAGUGUCCUGGCCCCCUGCCACUCCUUUCCCUCCCCAUGUUCCUGAGGUGGAAUCUGGAAUCAAGUGCCCAUAGAAUGCUCUAGCAGCCUGGAGGAGAUGUCGCCCGCUUAGUCCUUAGUUUCCUUUUUGUUUUUAGUUGGAAAAGCAAGGCUCUGCUCUCCACACUGAUCUUUCUACUCAAAAGCUUCAAAACAAGUCUGUGCAGCCCUGAUGAUGAAACUGUCAUGUCAGAAGUGUGGUCUUGCAGCAGCUAUGAUGAGGUUAUCCUGUGACCCUCAGUGUGGCCAGGUGCCAUCAGAACAGUAAUGGGACCUGACACCUACCAAGUAGUGCUGGGUUCAUGUUAUUUUUCUUAUAAAUUGGAAGUUUCUUUUAUUCUAAUAAAGUUGAUGUGUGUUUCCUGGAAAAAA